ACCCAACACCCAGUCCUUCAGCCACAUCUGCUACUUAUGUUCCACAAACAUCCACAGCAACCCUAAUUGCUAAUACCAGUAGUAGUAAUAGUGCUCAGAGCACGAUUUUGACCAACAGCAGUUACUAUACUAGUAGUGGUAACAGUGUUAAUAUUAAUAACAACAAUAGCAAAGUAAAUAACAAAAAUACGACACUCGUCAAGUCACUCUCACUGCAAUCGGUUUCGUCAAUCGGUACAGGCCUAAGCCAUCUUGCCAACGGUCAAAUGCACUCGGAAAACGACCUCAGUAGCAUCAAGUCCGAGCCUCACCUCAGCGAUAAAGAUGAGCAAACCUUGAGCGAAGCUAACAGCAAUGCCCUACUAACCUCUCCAACUACCAGCACGUCUAGCUCGCAGUCUCAGACGCUUGUAUCCUCUGCGUCCACAACCCAAGCGGUCCCGGUUCCAAUCACCAGUGCAAUGCUACAAUCCUACUCGACAGCUGCCCACAUUAAUAGCUAUAACACCGCCGCUGGUCUCGCUAGCAUUCAAGCACAGGCGCAGUCAUAUGCCGCCCAGGCAGCUGCCGUUGCACAAGCGAAUCAAGCCGCCGCUGCUUCUGCACAAUACACAGCACACUACGCUGAUGCCGCCAAUCUAGCCAAGGAAGUUGCCCAGAAGAACUACGCCAAUGCACUCAAAAUGGCUGCCGCUUCAAAUGCCCUAACCGGUAAACCACUGACCGCUCUCAGCUACACGGGAGUUGCCUUGAACAAAACCGGAGUCAUGCCUCAGACUCCGGCGUACGCAGCUGCAGCCGCCGUGGCCACACCAGCCGCUGCCCCAUCUUAUCCACCACCUCGCAUUAGCACUCCUGCCGUAGCUAUGGCAGCUGCUACUCCUCAGCAGUCAAUGCUUCCGGCCAUUACGCGUCCGCCACCGCCCAUUUUGCCACAAGCAGCCUUCGCGCAAAUGUUACGUCCUCAAAUGCCGGCCAACUUCCAACACCCUUACGCAGCCGCAUUCGCUGCUCAGCAACAGUUUCUUAACCAAAGCCUAAUGUACCCGUCCUUCCCGGCCGGUGGCUACCAAUUCGGCACCCCCAUGCAUGCAGCUAUGCCUGCGACUAACCUGACGGCAAUGCCCCAGGUACAACAAGUACCAACGCCCGGUGCUACCCCCGGCAGUGCAGUCGUACUUAAUCCCUACAAAAAGAUGAAAACCUCAUAAGUGCAAUCAGCAGCCGUAGCAAACCGCACUCAAACACUCAAAUUGCCAUGCGUAGAACAGCACUUACAUCUGCACCUUCCCGAAUUACACUAACACAUCCAUCUCGCACUAAUCGUUGCCAUGAUUCAGCGAACCAUCGUCGUGAGCUGAAGCAAAAAAGUUGAUUAAAACAAUAAGAAAUUGAGAAGAUGAUAGUGCCUGAAAACACACUGAACAUUAAGAACGAUAACACAAAGAAGUUCACCAAGAAAAAAUGAAAACCUAAUAGGAAGAGUAACACCAUUUUAUCGGAAGUAACAAAACAAAGUAUAUUUUUCUCGACGAUAGCAUCGUUUGAUAAAGGAUAGAACGUAAGAUUAACACACAAACCUUGGAAAACACUUGAUAACAUUGAGUGAUCUUGUCAGUACGGUUAAGUAAACUAAGAAUAGCAUCAGUUUUUAUCUUAAUAGUCUAAUAAGUUAGUUAAUGAUAAGUGCAAUUCUUUUUUUUUUUCUUGUUAAAAAUCAACUCACACAAGGUUCUCCGCUGAACCCUAAAAAUUGUACAGUUUCGCUAUAGUUUCUCACUUUUUUUUUGUUCUGUUGUUAACACGAUUCGUUUACGUUAUUUAUACGGGUAGUUUUUGGUUUCGGAAUUCAGUGAUGGAUGGAAGCGGAAGGAAUGAAAACUCUUGCGUAUAUGAUUGAAAAAAAUCAAAACCAAUGGAACUGUGAUAGCUUCACAAAACAUACAAGCACAUAGAAGAGCGAGCGCCCGUGUGAGAGCGUUCACCAAUACACCUACACAAGCAUGCUGCAAUUCAAUCGCUUCAAGUCACACGCACACAUAUGAGGAUGUUGCGAACGGGAUGAGGUUUACACCUUGGUUUGAUUGGUUGGCGUUUCGUUUUUUUUUUUUCUUUUUCGUUCCCGCAGCCGCGUAACCGUUUUUGACCAUGAGCAUAAUAAUAUUGAAAAUCAAAUUUCGAACUAGUAGUCAUGUUAGUGAAACUGUUUUAGACGUUUUAAAAACAAACCUAGAAGUGCAUUUUAUAUAUUUUUUGUGUUUCGUUUUUAUACCAGUAGGGGUGUAGAGACAACAACAACACUCUUGAGGUGUUUUGUACAUAAUUGAUAGAAUUGAAUGAAAACAUUGUUGUGAUAAGUUUUUCAUUUAACUAGAUUUGUUCCUUAAACUUAUUUACUCGAUACUUUUGUAAACAGUUAUUUAUAAACUAAGAUACAGUAGGACGUAAGUUUCAGCAAAUAUUUUACCAUAAAACAGACGAAAAUAAUCAAAAGGUUGUGUAAUACAUAGAGAUGCUGUCGGAUUUGCUGUAGGUUGAUAAGCAUAAAGAAUAUUAGGGAUGAAGAUGACGGUUUUCAAGCAGACACGUUUUAAGCCUCUUCGUGGUAGUUUGACGUACAGCACAUCAAAACAAGUUUCAGAACAAUGAAUAUUAACACUAUUACCGCUACUAUUAUAACUGCAACUGCUGCUACUUAAUGAAUGGUGAACGAAAAAAAAACUCUCAUAAAUGAAACCAUGAUUACUUACAAUAAUAUUGUUCAAUCAUACAAAGAAAAUUUCGCAAAACUGAGCAACGCUAUUACUACUACUACUAUUACUACUAUUACUGCUACAAUUACUACUACGAUUACUAUUGCUACAAACAGCUAUUGAUAACGAAAAAAGUGUAAUGACAAUGUGUUACCUAUAAUGUUGGGGAAAAUGCUGUAUCGCUAGAGAUAUGACCGCUUGAAACAUUGAAAUAAAAGUGACUAAAAUAGUUAUCCUCUCACCAGUAAUCAAAAACCACCCAGAAUACACGCUCUUGAAUGCUUACAUUACGUAUAAUUGUACAUGUAUGAUGAACAAAAAAAAUCGAACUACUAUUUUUGCACGUAAUUACUACACAUACUAUGCCAACUCAUUUAUGCGAUUUGCAAGAAAUAAAUGAUUUGAUUUUCAGCUGUAGUUUCGAAACAGUCAAUAGUGUUUAGCCCUAGUGUCCAUUGCUAAAAGUAUUCUUGGUAGACGCGUAUCUACAUAGUGAGCUAGAGAAAGAGGAAGAGAGACGAUAACUAGAACAAUCAUUGAUAGUAAAACUAUUUGCAUUGAUAAUGGUAAUACAAAAUAAAAGCAAGAACCAGUAGACAAUUACUCCUCCCCACGAUUUGUAAAUUAUUGAUAGGUCGAAGGUAAACUGCAUGGAAUUGUAGGAGGUUUUGGAAGAAGGUGACAAAGUGCUUAAAACACACGGGAAAACAGCCUCUGAUCAAAAAUGUAGAGUGGUAGUGGAUUGUCGCAAAUCAUCUUGAACAUAAACCAACUUAAAUUUUGAGAAAAAAAAACAAAUCUGCAAAUGUUUAAUGCUAAGCGUUAGAUUGCUACUACUAAUACAUUAUACUUAACUUUAGAUUGUCCCACGCAAUGUGAACAAUGAAAAUUAUAUAAAACAGUAAAAAUGCUGAAUAAAUCAUCUAGAGUUUAAGAUUUGUUGCAUUUUUUGUUCAGUUUACAUAAUUUUGUUGUGCUACUUUUUGUGAAGAUUGCCGUAAAAUUGUUACAUUAUUGGAUAAUAGUUUUCCUUUUAGUUGUACUUGAUUGUGAUUGAAAACCGCACAUAGCUAUAUAUACAUAAAUUGUAAUUUGUAUUUUUCCUUUGUUUAAUCGAUGAAAUCAACUACUGAAAGUAACUCCAAUUUGCUUAUUUGAAGGUAUUUUUACUGUACUCUUUUAGUUGUGUAGAUCAUUUCUUUGUUUUGCCUAUCAAACACGCCUGGAAUACAACUCGUAGUAUGAUUGUACGCCUGCAAGCUUUUUAUCGCCCCUCACGUUGAAUAUUCCUCACAUCACACACGCUCCACCCUCACCUUUACGCACUUAAGUUAUAAAAAAACUGCAUUGUUCAGCCGUUAUUAUUUCCAUAAUUGAAAAGAGAUUAUCCGUUCCGCAGAUUUGCCACAAAAAAAGAACGAAUAUUUAUUUGCUCACGCUUUUAUUCAAAAAAAAAACAUCACAUACUAACCCCCCAUUACACGCCACUACUGUGAGUAACGAGGUUCCCGAACUAUGUUGAAUAUAUUUAUCGUAAGGUUGCUUCACACAAAAAAAAAGUCCAUUUGGAUGCCACCCGAACAGCUACUUAUGUUUAUAAUUAUCAUAUAAUCUCAACAUGCAACAUUACGCAAAAUGAAUGAGCUUCUCCAAAUAUAUAUAAACAUUUUACGAAGAAUGGUUUAUGGUUAUCAGUCGAAUUUCAACUGCUUUCUUUGUUGAUUAAAUGGGACUUCUUUUCAUUAAGAGUUGAUGUUUAUGUAUAGAUCGAUUAUCGCUUUCUUUCCUCAUGUGUAAGUUGAAUCUCAUUAGUGAGCUACGAACAAAUGUAUCGACUACUCAGCAAACAAACCUUUCGUAAUAUCUUCUUAGAAUCCAAGCAAACCCUAUAUGCUUUUUUCUUUUUUUUUUUUAAUUAUCUUCA